UCGAUACUUUUUUUUUCAUUGCAAACAAACAAACAAAAAAAUAUGAUUGAAAAAAUGUAAAUAUCCAAACAAAAAACAAAGGAUCAAUAUCAUCCAUAUAAUAAAUCGAUUCCAGAUUGAAUUCUAAAUCUUCCACUAAAGAAAAAAAACAAAUCAAUGCUUCGUAUCGUGUUAACAUAGACAUUCCUUUUUUUUCAAUUAUUAUUUUCCAUUUGAAUAAUCCAAACAGAGAAAUGAACGAUGACCAAAAUAUGCGACAUAAAAUCAAUCAUAACGAAAAAUGGUUUGUCAAAGAUGUUUGCGGAAUUAUUUGUGCUAUAUUUUCAUACAUAUUGAUUAUAUUUGCCCAAUAUGUUUUGAUAACUGUUAUUUGGAUACCUGAAAAGAAUACCAUUCUUAAAGUGAUCAACAUAGUUGUAUUUGAAUUUUUUGUUUUUCUAGCAUUUGCUGCUCACCUACGAACAAUGUUCACUGACCCAGGAUCGGUGCCUAAAGGAACUGCAACAAAAGAAGCAAUUGAACAAUUGGGUUUAAUCGAUGGCCAAGUUCUUUAUAAAUGUACAAAAUGUUCAUGUAUAAAACCGGAACGUGCACAUCAUUGUUCAGUUUGUCAACGAUGUAUAUCGAAAAUGGAUCAUCAUUGUCCAUGGGUUAAUAAUUGUGUGGGUGAAAAUAAUCAAAAAUUUUUUGUUUUAUUUACCUUUUAUAUUGCAAUCAUUUCGAUACAUGCAUUAAUAAUGGUUUUUAAUCAUUUUAUGAAAUGUUUGGAUAAUGAAUGGAAACUGGAUUCCAAUUCAACAUUAUGUGGUACAACAUUUAAAGAUCCAAAAACUGGUUAUGUUAUGUCAUCAUCACCGGCACCGAUUAAUAUUAUUCUUUUAAUAUGUAUCGUAUUCGAAGGCCUUUUAUUUGCUAUAUUUACAUUGAUUAUGUUUGCUGUACAAAUGCAAGCAAUUUGGAAUGAUGAAACAAGUAUUGAACAAUUGAAAAAAGAAACAAAUAAACGUUGGAGCCGUAGACAACGUUGGCGUAAUAUGCGUGCUGUAUUCGGUUUAAAAGGAUUUGGUUUAGCUUGGUUUUCACCAUUUACCAGAGUUGAAUCAAUCGUUUAUGUUGAAUCAAAUUAUACUGUAUGAUGAUUGCUGAUUCAUAAUGAAUAUGAAUUAAUUUUUUUUGUGUAAAUAAUAUAUCGUGAUUGGAAAA